AUGGAAUAAAAAAAAGCAAAAGGUACAUUAAGAUAAAUUUCUAAUCAAUAAAAGUCAAAGAUAUAAAUUAAAUAAAAGAAGUUAAAUGAAUAAAUUGCCUAAAUUAGUACGAAUUACUAUUAGUAAUUAAAUCUAAUUACUCAAACAGAUAAAAUAAAACCACAAUACAAUAAUUAAGUUAUGAAGAAUUGCUUUAAGUUAUUAAUGAUUUUGCUCAAAAAGACAAAGAAACGGUUACUACGGAUGAGAAUAUGAUAACUAAGGAUGUUGAAAAUAAAUUAGAAAAAAUAAAACAAGAUUUCUAAUUAGACAUUUAAAAGUCGAUCAAUGUUUUAAAUGAUUAAUCAAGUAUUAAGAUUUUGAUUAUUAGCUGAUAGCCAAAUCUUAGUAAUUAAAGAACAAUUACAAAAAAUUCAAGCGAAUUCAAAUGUUCAAUUAGAACAAUAGAUAAGAAUACAGGAGUUAGAUGAAUUGAUAAGGUCUUCAACACAAUUAUAUUGUUAGAUGGAAUUGUUAAAUUAGACUAAAAAUUAAUUUUAACAACAUGUGAAAAAACUUAACUCUAUAAAAGACUAAAUAGCAUCAUUUUCAAAUCAUUAGAAUUUGACCUUCAUAAAUUAAGAACUUGAGAAUUACCUUGAUAAAUUCCAAAAAGAUUUUCAAAAUUUGAAGAAAUAUUGCGAAAUGGACUAAUUUAAUGAGUCCAUACAAUUAAAGGACGAUUAUAUUGUCAAUAAAUGGAAAGUCUAAUUAGAAUCAAAAAGAAUAAGAAGUCGAAGGUUUAAUAACAGUUAUCGUACUAGACGGAGGUUUAUUAGUGAUUGA